CACUGAGUAGAAGUUGUAGCAGUGCAUUGUGCCCUAUAAUUCUGAGUCAAGCCCGAAAUUACUCUUUGAUCUAAUAUUCAUUUUCCUUUGGAGGUUUUGCUUCAAAAGUAAAACAUUUAUUUGUUGAAAGCAUAUUUCUCAACCCGGGUUUUGUGGUUAUGGUGUUAUGGGAUUUCGGGGAUAUAGAACUACUUACCCAUGACCAUGUUGCACAUGAAAAACUGACGAAAUUGUUCUGUUUUCCCAAACAAGAUUUUUCUUCUGAAUGAGGUUACAGGAUUUUGAGGUUCCCUACCGAAAGAAAUCUGUAAUGCACGAAAUUCGUCAUGAGGACUGCAGCAUAUUUCCUGGUUCUUGCAACGUUUCUGGCUGUAGGAAAGUGCAGUGAUAUCACACCAGCUGUAUUUGGGCAUGUGUUGGAUGGACUGCCAGCUGCUUUUGGUGACUUUAAUUCUGAUGAACUCACUGAUGUGUUUGUACUUCGCAAGGAUGGAAAAACGGUUGAAAUCAUGUUGGCUGCAGACCAAGAACCACUUUUGCGCACAGCGCAAAAUCUUAGCUGCCCUUUCUAUGAUCCAGUUACGAGUGUUGUUCCUGGCGACUUUGACGGGGACGUAUUCAUGGACGUGUUAGUGACAACCUUUAACAAGAAAGAUCGUUUGACUUAUGUACACAUACUUUGGGGUAGUAAUGGCCUUUUCAAUUGUAGUGAUGAGAAUUACCCUAUAAUAAAAAUGCAAGGACAACCAUUGGCGAUUGAUUACAAUCAUGAUAUGAUAAUUGAUCUUUUUGGUUUAGAUUCUGAAAAUAAUAGAAUGUUUUGGAUAUUCAAUUGCAAUAGAACAACUCCUACCGCGAUCAAAAUGAAAGUUCCAGCAGAUCACGAACCUUCUAUAAGAAAACCCCAUUCUAAUGCAUUCCUUGAUUUCAAUGGUGAUUUUAUUCCAGAUCUCCUUGUAACUACCGAGCAUCACUUUGAAGUUUGGUUUGGAAAUGACAGUGAAGGUUUUUAUCAUUCUAGUGAUAUACACUUACCUUAUAAUUUUACGAAAGGCGAAGGUUUAACAUUCCCUUGCCAUAUAGGGCAAUCUUUAUACGUAGAUGUGGAAUCAACUGGGAAAAUCGAUCUCGUUUUACCUUUGUGCUUUGAUAUUCUUUGUAAGAAUAGUACCAUUAUGAUAUAUUCGGGCGAUUGGCAUGAUUUGCAAGUCAAUUUCAAGGACAGUAAUAAUGACUUGUGGGGUUUCAUUCCUGAUGGUGGCUAUAAAUAUACAGAAACCAUAACACUUCGCGGAGGAGAUUUUAAUAUGGAUGGAUAUCCGGAUUUGCUUGCAACUUUACGUUCAAGUACAACAUCGCAAAUUCGUACUUUUUUAUUAUUAAACGUUCCUUGCAAUAACUGUGGGAUGUUCAAACGCACAUUCGAAGUUCAUUGGAAUGCACUAGAUCUCCUUUACAAUAAAAGCGUUAUGGCUGUAUUUUACGAUUUUUAUCAAGAUGGUGUAUUGGAUGUAAUACUCGUAACUUACGAUGAUGUAAAAAAAGAAUACCGCACGGAAGCUUUUAAAAAUAGUCUUGACUAUGAUGCUAAUUUCGUUAAAGUAAUGGUUCUUACUGGUCUUACAAAUGCUAUGUAUCCAAUUUCGCCAGGCACGCUAGGAAAAAAGAAAAGAACUUAUGGAACUAAUUUACCAGGACCUUCUAUAGCUUACAAAACAACAACUCAAGACGGAAGUCCACGGAGUGCAAUUGCAGCUCAGUUGCCUCAAAGUGCCCAUUUUUCUUUGAAUUUACCUUAUACUACCUUUGGUUUAGGGAGGACACCAAAUUUCGUAGACUCUCUCACAAUUGGAGUGAGUGGCAAGUAUCGAGAUUGGCCCCAAAUUAUCCCAAAUUCUCAAAUGGUUGUUAUUCCAAAUCCAAUGUCGGAACCAUCCAGGUGGAAAGCACAGCUUUUUGUGACGCCUAGUAAAUUAAUUCUUUUAAGUGCAGCAGCUUUAACAGGGACCUGUGGCUUAAUAACGACAAUCAUUCUUGUUUUGUAUUGGAAAGAAAGACGGGAAGAUAAAAUUGAAAAAUUACAAGAAGCACACAGAUUUCAUUUUGAUGCAAUGUGUGUAAUUAUACCAAAGAGAGGUAGUCAGAUUACUAUUUUUAGCAGCAGGAUCAUAGUUAAGUCGAGUUUUAAUGUAUGCCCGAUAAGCAUAAGAAUUACUAAGGGUCAACUUUAUCAACCUGUGCGACAUUCGCAGCAACCCAAGGUGAUGUUAUUAAUUUCACCCUAUGAUUUAGCAUUGUGUGAGCCAAAUCAAUGUAUUCAUCACCAUCACCAGGAACGACAAAUUCUAUAGGAGAUUCAUCUGUGAGGGGUAAAACCGGUUUUUAGUCCACCCAUUGAGAGCUUUCUACCGACGUUAGUAUAGGAGGUACAUAAAAUAGAUCUAACUCAGACUUUAAGCACUUAGAAGAAUGAGAAUGUAGAAACGACAUUUUAACAAAUAUAUUUUUUUCUCGA